UUUAACUUUUAUAUGAAAGCUAUUGUAAGCUCUUCGUCUCAGUCGUGAAUUAGUGUUUACAAGCAACAGAGCUUAGAAAUUAUUAUUAGUGAUAGUGCUGGUUUUGGAUACCUAUACAUUUUUUGUUUUAGAAUACAACUAAUCCUUAGCGAUGACGUCUUUAAUGCACAUGGUAGUUGAAAAUUACAAUGAAUUAAUGGAAUCGAAACGAGAUCCGGUUGUGGACUCGUGGCUUUUUAUGUCAUCCCCAGUUCCAGUCAUAACCAUUCUGCUAGUCUAUUUAUAUUUUGUUUUAAAAUUAGGGCCCAAAUUGAUGGAAAAGCGAAAAGCCUUCGAUCUGAAGGGGGUUCUCAUCGGUUAUAACUUGUAUCAAGUUCUUUUCAGUACGUGGUUAUGCUGUCAAGCAAUGACGGUCAAAAGUGCUUUACCUCAUCUCCUUAAUCACACUUGUCGUAAUCCCUCAACUAAUAAGGAGUUUCAAUUUGCGCUAGCUAACGGGGCUUGGUGGUACUUUUUUUCAAAAAUUGUGGAGCUCCUAGAUACUGUCUUUUUCGUUUUGAGGAAGAAACAAUCUCAAGUAACAUUUUUGCAUGUCUACCACCAUUCCUGUACAAUGUUCUUUUCGUGGGGAUAUUUAAAAUUUUUACCAGGUGAACAAGGAGUUGUUAUUGGACUAUUAAAUUCUUUCGUUCAUGUUGUGAUGUACACUUAUUAUUUAAUCGCAGCUUUGGGUCCCAGGUUCCAAAAAUAUUUGUGGUGGAAAAAAUACAUGACUUGGAUGCAGUUGACUCAGUUCUGCAUUAUGCUGGCUUAUUUAAUUUCCAUAAUUGCAAUGGACUGCAAGUUACCCAAAGCUUUAACCUUUUUCUUUGUUGCUAAUGUUGUCGUGUUUCUUUAUUUAUUCAGCAAUUUUUACAGAAAAGCUUAUAUCAAACCAAAGAAUUCUUUAACUGGUGAUGUAAACACUAUCAAGAGCCAAUAGUGGGAUGUUGUAGGUUGUUAAAAUUGUAAAUAUAGUCAGGUUAUUUUUAUUUAUUUUUUAAUUACGUUUUAAGUGUUGGGAGUCAUUUAUUACUCCCUUAAAGAAUGACCAUUUAUUAAUGUAAAUGUACAAGUAUGAACCUUUUUUUUGUUUACGCCAACAAAUGAAGUCCUUAAAUAAAUAUAUGUAUUUAAAAAAUGAAUACUUUCAUUCAUACGAAAUGAGCAACAAAAAAUAUUGUAUUAGAAAAUAAAUUGUAUGAAGAGAU